ACCACCUCUUCUCUCUCUCUCGCCCGUGAACCUCCCCUCCCUCCGUACCAUCAUCCUAUCGACAAGAGAGGAUGCUGUCCAGAUUCGCGCCUCGCGCAUUCGCUGCGCCCGUCAGACUCCAUGCCUCCAGAUUCACCCCAGCGCUGCGAACAGUGACCACCGAUGCGGCCAGCAGCCAUGCUGAAAAGAGCGACAUUCCAGAGGAAGACGAUAAGCCCUUCCAAGUCCGCAUCUCCGACGAGGCAUUCGAGACAUACGAGCUGGACCCUCCAUCAUACACCCUCGAUACGACGAAGAAGGAGCUGAAGCAGAUGUACUACGAUAUGGUUGCUGUGCGCCGCAUGGAAAUGGCCGCCGAUCGCCUGUACAAGGAGAAGAAGAUUCGUGGUUUCUGUCAUUUGUCCACAGGUCAAGAGGCCGUUGCUGUCGGUAUCGAACACGCCAUCGACAAGCAGGACCACCUCAUCACCGCCUACCGAUGCCACGGUUUCGCCAUGAUGCGUGGAGGCACGGUUCGGUCGAUCAUCGGUGAAUUGCUUGGACGGAGAGAGGGAAUCGCCUAUGGAAAGGGUGGCUCUAUGCACAUGUUCUCAACUGGUUUCUACGGUGGUAACGGAAUCGUCGGUGCUCAAGUACCUGUUGGUGCGGGUAUCGCUUUCGCCAACAAGUACGAGGACAAGAAGAACGUGACCCUGGCGUUGUACGGUGAUGGUGCCAGCAACCAGGGUCAAAUCUUCGAGGCUUUCAACAUGGCGAAGCUUUGGGAUCUUCCAAUCAUCUUCGGCUGCGAGAACAACAAGUACGGUAUGGGCACAGCUGCUCACCGUGCCGCCGCUCUCACCGACUACUACAAGCGCGGACAGUUCAUUCCAGGUCUCAAGAUCAACGGUAUGGACGUCCUGGCCGUCAAGGCCGCAGUGCAGUACGGCAAGAAGUGGUGCGCCGAGGGCAACGGCCCGCUCGUCUACGAAUACGUGACCUACCGUUAUGGUGGCCACUCCAUGUCCGACCCUGGUACCACCUACCGCACACGUGAGGAGAUUCAGCGCAUGCGUUCGACCCAGGACCCCAUCGCUGGUCUCAAGCAGAAGCUGUUGGACUGGGAGGUGGUCAGCGAGGAGGAGCUCAAGGGCAUCGACAAGCAGGCUCGCAGUCACGUCGACGAGGAGGUCGCCGCGGCAGAGGCCAUGGCUGCUCCGGAUGCUACGCCUGAGGUCCUGUUCGAGGACAUCUACGUCCGUGGUUCCGAGCCACAAUUCUUGCGUGGACGUGUACCCGAGGAGAACUUCUACUACCCAGACCGCCCGGUGCAAGUUCCCAAGUCUCCUGCGCAGACUUAG